UGCAGUGCAGCAAGCUUACUGUACACUUCAGUAGUGUGUAGUGAAGUAGCUACAGUACAGUACAGUACAGUAGGGUGGGCUUUUCUCGUGCUCCCCAGAGGGCGUUCCUGCGCGUCUCGUUGAUGCAUUACACUUCCUGUACGAGGGUAAACUUGACGGAAAUAGCUAGCCCCUACCAUUAGCUGUGAUAACAACAGAGGAAAUGCUGUAUUAUUACUGAGAGUAUAUGAUACACAUGAGAGGCGAUGGGACGAGGCGUUUAGCAGCUAUGGCUGUACUCCUGCUGUUACAGAGUGUGGAUAUAUUCAGCAGUCGGUCUGGGAAUGCAUGAAGGCAGGCACACAUGCUCCACCACAGAGAGCAACAAUCAAACCCAAAAGGAAGAGGGUGUCACUGUUGAAGAAGGAGCAGCCUCAGAUCUCAGUUAAGUGCCAGAGAAUCCCCCACGUGAACAGGAGCGCGUGAGGAGUGGAGGGUGGCAGCAGGAGUUGCCACACAGGAUGGCUUUCCUUGACAACCCCACCAUCAUACUGGCCCACAUCCGGCAAUCCCAUGUAACCAGUGAUGACUCGGGCAUGUGUGAGAUGGUGCUGAUUGAUCAUGACGUGGACUUAGAGAAGUGCCAUUCGGCUGCCGUGUCUACUGGCAGUGUAUCAAUGGGGGGGGUGUUAGGGGAUGGGAGUGUUAGUGGAGACGGUCAGGCCUGUGACCUCUCUCAAUCGAUGGACAUCACGUCCAGCUGGGACUUUGGAAUCCGUCGGCGCUCCAACACAGCUCAAAGGUUGGAGAGACUAAGGAAAGAACGACAGAACCAGAUCAAGUGUAAAAAUGUACAGUGGAAAGAGAGGUCAUCAUCUCAGUCAGCUGAAGACUUGGGGUCCCUUUUUGAAAAGAAGGACUUUAAGGACAGACCUCGAUGUACAGGGACCAAAUCCACCCUUUCUCUGCGGCUAGAGCAGUGCCCCCAGCAGCUCAACAACCCAUUCAAUGAGUACUCCAAAUUUGAUGGCAAGGGCCAUGUAGGUACAACAGCAACCAAAAAAAUAGACGUCUACCUCUCGAUGCAGUCUGCCCAGGAGAAGUUACAUCCUAUGAUGGUGGUCACGAUGGCCAAUGCACGGGUCCACGAUCUCAUCGGCCUUAUCUGCUGGCAAUACACCAGUGAGGGCCGUGAACCCAAACUCAAUGAGAACGUAAACACAUACUGCCUCCACAUAGCUGAGGAUGAUGGAGAGGUGGACACAGAUUUCCCUCCUCUGGAUUCCAAUGAACCCAUCCACAAGUUUGGCUUCAGCACGCUGGCCCUUGUGGAGAAAUACUCAUCGCCAGGACUGGGACCCAAGCAGUCGCUUUUUGUCAGAAUAAACGCUGCCCAUGGUUUCUCCCUCAUCCCAGUGGACAGUCUAAAAGUAACCAUGAAGGAGAUUCUGCAAAAAGCUCUGAAGAAGAGGAAAGGUUCGCAGAAGGGAUCAGUAUUUGCCACAGAUUUUGGAUGUCAAGGCCCCAUGUAUCGGCUGGAGAAGCAGACAGAGCCGAAUGUGGCCGUGGAUCUGGACAGUACACUGGAGACCCAGAGCACGCUGGAGUUCUGUUUGGUCCGAGAGAACAGUUCCAGAGGAGAGGAGAGUUCAGAAGAGGACCCCCCUAUAGACAUCACUACGGUACAGGACAUGCUGAGCAGUCAUCACUACAAAUCUUUUAAGGUCAGCAUGAUCCAGAAGCUGCGCUUCACCACCGACGUUCAGCUAGGUAUAUCAGGUGAGAAAGUGGAGAUAGACCCCGUCACCAAUCAGAAGGCAAGCACUAAGUUUUGGAUCCGACAGAAGCCCAUUUCCAUAGACUCAGACCUGCUGUGUGCCUGUGACCUGGUGGAGGAGAAGAGUCCGAGUCAUGCAAUAUUUAAGCUGACAUAUCUUAGCAACCAUGACUACAAGGCUCUCUGCUUCGAAUGUGAUGCUGCUACAGUCAACGAGAUUGUGCUUAAGGUCAACUACAUCCUGGAGUCUCGGGCCAGCACCUCGAGAGCCGACUACUUUGCCCAGAAGCAGCGCAAGAUAAGCCGGCGCACCAGCUUCAGCUUCCAGAAAGACAAGAAGACCGGCCAGUAGGAUGUGUGGCCUAGACCCCUGAUAAAGAGUCUCUCUCUGAACCACGUGAGAGAAUGACGAAGAGCAAGAAGGAUCCUGGUUAUGAACAGACCCUGGUUAGGAAAGGAAAGGAAUUACAUCAGGGAGAGACAGAGUGAGGUGAGGAGGCGAGAAGGUGAGGACCAGAGUGGAUGAUGAACCUUUACCUUGUAGGAGGUAAAGAAUUAGGCAGGCAAGCUUAGAAAGCAAGCAGAGAGCACAGAUAAUAUGACGGGAGGAGAGCGAGGAAAGGAAGGUAAGAGACGAAGUGAAUGAGCUAGACUUUGGGGGUCGACUAGGUUCAUGGGUUCAGUGUCAUUUUUGAAUUUCACAAGGGUGAAAUCAUCUUAUUUAGGGGGGGGGGGGGGGGCUGUAUAUUGAAGGACUGACUUGACUGUUAGUUCUCAGCCAUAUCAGAGUGCUGAUGCACUCUGCUUUCAAUCAAGAAUGUACAAGAGGAUUAGAUUAAAAAAAGAAAAGAAUCAAACGGGACAUUUCGGCAUGGAGCCGUGAACAGUGAUUGAUCAUUCAGACUGAACGUGUGCUAUCAUCAGUUAUUGAUUCUGAAGCACAAAGCAGACGAGCUGCUGUCUGUGCGAGAGUCAGUAUCAAAGACAUUUUCCUUUUUUUAUUAUUUUUUUUAUAUAAACAUGCAUUAUUUCCACUGCCUACAAGUGAACUGUACAUACAUAAGUGUACCAAAUGAACCCAAGUUUAAGCAGACAUAAGACUUAAACAACUUAAAGCCACAGAAAGCAAACAAGCAAGCAAGCAAGCUAGCUUAUACCUGUUGCCCACUGUAUCAAACAUAACGCUAUUCUGAAAGUGUUGGGACGUUGUCACAUAAAGGGAACAUCCUUUGCCACGUUCUGGGUCACUUGUAUAGAUGAACCCUUUUCAGCCAUUUUUCUUUAGUGCCUGGUACUACUCGAUCGGACAACGUUGCAUGGUUUUAAUGGGUGCGACGUUCAACUUAUCUAUUGAAUUUAAAGACAUUUGUGCUCGUCUUGGUUGGGUUGGGCAGGAACCUUGAACCAAUCAUUUUGGCUGGGUUGUUAGCGGAUACUUAAUUAUCAGACUAAUUAAAUUAUUACAUGUUUUUUUCCCCCUGUGGUCUCAGCUUUCCUCCUCUGUGUAGCAUCUAUAGACUGUAAUAUAUUGAACCAAGCACUCACUCACCCACUCACUGUAUGUCAGGCCAAUCAGAACUUCAGUUCCGACUGUACUUUCGGGCUGCAUCUAGGGAAUGUAUGACAGUUUUCACAGUCUUUUUCUCUUUUCUUUAAUGACAGGAAAAAUAAUAUACUCUAGGUUCGCCACAUGAUUUUCUUUCUUUGUCCGCUCCUGUUUUUUCUUCUUUCAAGCAAAUAGGGGAGGGGACAAACUGACAUAAUGUAACUCAAAACGCUGCUGUUGUGAACUGGAUUCAGGGUGUUUGUUAAUAUCCAAAACUCAUGAUCGAACUCAGGUUUUCUGACUGCCAUGUUGUGUUGACUGGUCUAGGCUUUUUUCUUUUCUGUUUGUUGGAAAUAAAGAGAAAGUGAAAGAAAAACAAAGAAAAAAAGAAAGAGAGAGAGAAAGCACUUGUGUUCUGUGCCGCUGCAUUGCUGUUCGCUCGAUCAGAAGAAAGAGUUCCCGUGAUGGGAAAAAAAAGAGCUACAUAAAGACAUUUCAAACAAAACUUUAUUUAUAUGGGGAAAUGGUUUCAUGACUGGGGAGGGAUAGAGGGGGGGUUAUCACAUGACCUAUGGAAUUAACGAUAUUUGCUACAGUAUGCGUAUUGCUGUAUUAUAUAAGUAGAUUUUCUAAUUAAAGACUGAACUAAAAAAAAUGAUGUGCUAAAUAUGAAUGUGUUUCAUU